AUGAAUCAAACUGGAACUAUUGCACAGCUGAACUUCUUAAAGAGGUCGGCGGAGAUACUGAGCUCAGGCAGCCCAUCCACCUCAGCACACUUGUUGACUGUUCACAACCAGCUCCUUCAUGAGCAAUCAAAACCAAUAUCCCACGCGCAACAAAGGGAAUUCUGCCCAUCAUGCGGAACCAUUAGGUCUCUACCUUUAACGUGCACGGUUUCUUCGCAGUCGAGAGUCCGAAAGCCUACACGGCGUGGGAGAACAUCGCCUAGUCCUUCUAAGAAGUCGGCCGUCGUCUACAAUUGUCUACAAUGUCAUCAACAGACCAUCCAUCCGUUUGAGAAAUCGGAGCAGCACCAGAGGAAGAAGGACAAGCUCUCCGUCAACUCUCCUCCCGCUCCACGCCAAAACAACCCAUCGCCGCCGACUACUACAGUUGCAUCGCCGGGCACCGUUAAGGCAAAGAGCAACUCAGAGAAUGCAAGUAGCAAGAAGAGAGCCAAGGCUCGGAAACAAGGCUUACUUGCCGCGCUACAAGCAAGCAAGCCGCCGACUACUACAGUUGCAUCGCCGGGCACCGUUAAGGCAAAGAGCAACUCAGAGAAUGCAAGUAGCAAGAAGAGAGCCAAGGCUCGGAAACAAGGCUUACUUGCCGCGCUACAAGCAAGCAAGCCGCCGACUACGCAGGCCUCGUCGACGUCGCUUGGGCUCCUCGACUUUUUACAGCCUUGA